AUGAUCCACACUGGAGAGAAACCAUUCACAUGCAUUCAGUGUGGGAAGAGUUUCAACAAAUCAUCAAACCUUAAUCAACACAUGAAAAUCCACACUGGAGAAAAACCAUUCACAUGCACUCAGUGUGGGAAGAGUUUCAACCAAUCAUCAUCCCUUAAUCAACACAUGAGGAUCCACACUGGAGAGAAACCAUUCACAUGCACUCAGUGUGGGAAGAGUUUCAGCCAAUUAUCCCACCUUAAUGAACACAUGAUGAUCCACACUGGAGAGAAGCCAUUCACAUGCACUCAGUGUGGGAAGAGUUUUAUCCGCUCAUCAUCCCUUAAUCUACACAUGAGGAUCCACACUGGAGAGAAACCGUUCACAUGCACUCAGUGUGGGAAGAGUUUUAACUGCUCAUCACACCUUAAUCACCACAUGAGGAUCCACACCGGAGAGAGACCAUUCACUUGCACUCAGUGUGGAAAGUGUUUUAUCCAAUCAUCAUCCCUUAAUCAACACAUGAGGAUCCACACUGGAGAGAAACCAUUCACAUGCACUCAGUGUGGGAAGAGUUUCAGCCAAUCAUCAUCCCUUAAUCUACACAUGAGGAUCCACACUGGAGAGAAACCAAUUACUUUCACUUAAGCCGCGGUCACACUGGACUUUUCUCCCCAUAGACUUCCGUUCAUACGCAUGCGAAUGCGUCAGACCGGAAAUGCAAGUUUCGCAGUUCACUGCAUUGCAAAGUAACAAUAGAAACUGUUGCUUCCAGUCCUCAGCUUUUCAAUUCCACUUAAGGUCUCUGUGACCUCUGACCUAGUUUAGUGGCUCCUGAAAAUGGUUACAAAGAGACACACUGAACAUUCUUCAUGGCUAGAUGACAGUUGUAGCGCAGCAGUUCUGAAUGAAACAGCUCCUUUAAACUUUGACUUUUUGAGGGUUUGCAGAGCCAAUAGGAGAGGUGGAGGCAUCGCUGCCCUGUUUAAAGAUGUCUACGAGUGUAAACAAGUGUCAUUUGGUGACUAUUUGUCUUUUGAAUAUCUGAGCAUGGCACUAAAGGGUCAUGGAUCAUUAUCUACAGACCUCCAAAAUAUUCUCCAACUUUUAUUGAUGAUUUUACAGAGCUGUUAUCAAUAGUAACCUCUGAAUUCAACUAUUUUACUAUUGCUGGGGAUUUUAAUAUUCACAUUGAUAAUUCAGCAAUCAAUGCUGCAAAAGAACUGAUGACUGUUUUUAACACUUUUGACCUGACUCGGCAUGUUCAAGGACCCACACACAAUCAUGGACACACUUUUAAUCUACUUUUAGAUCAACAGGCAUUUUAUCGACUGUUGUUAAGGAUGUUGCACUGAUCAUUUCUGUAUUUUCUUUGAUAUAUUGAUCACUCCAGCUAUUAAAGACAGGUCUCUGUCAGAAAGAGAUGCAUAAAUGAGAACACUAGUGAGCAGUUUAUGAAGGCCAUAUCGCUAGCACCAAGUAUAUCUGCAGACUCUGUUGAUUCUCUCCUUGAUUUGUUUAACUCUAAAGUUAAGAAUGUCAUAAAUGACAUUGCUCCUUUUAAAGUCAGGAAGAUGACUAGCAGACAGAGAGCACCUUGGAGAAACUCAACAGCAGUUUGAAUGAUGAAAUUACAGUGCAGAAAAGCUGAGCAUAUGGGGUGGAAGACUAAGCAAGUAGUCCAUUAUAAUAUCUUCAUGCUUUUAAUAUGGAACUAAACACUGCUAGGCAGACUUUUUUUUCAAGCCUUAUAAACAGCAACUUAAAUAAUUCUCGUACUCUCUUUGCAAUGAUAGAGAGACUUACAACAUCCCAACAUCAGUGGCAACAUCAACAUCAGAGUCCCACAAGGCUCGAUUUUGGCACCUCUCCUGUUCAACCUUUAUAUGCUUCCUCUGAGCCAAAUAAUGAGAAAGAACCAAAUUUCCUACCACAGCUAUGCUAAUGAGACUCAGAUCGACCUAGCCUACUGCCUAAUGACUACAGCCCCUUUGACACCCUCUGCCAAUGCAUUGAUGAAAUUAACAAUUGGAUGUGCCAAAACUUUCUUCAGUUAAACAAAGAGAAAAUGUUGUGGUUUCUGGCUGUUUUCUUAAUGAAUCAAGCUCAGACUGGGGUUAUGAAUAUCAGAAGAAUAUACUUUAUUGGAAUAUUUCCCAAAAAAGCAGAGACAGCCUGGAGCAGACCCAUCUCAGUCUCUCCCCAGGACAAAUCCAAUGUCCCUCAAAUUUGCUAUCCCCUUUAUCCUUGCUUCCUCCCACCUUUGUGUUUUCACAGCUGUUUACUGGUUCAACAGGCCUCUCCCAGCUCCUACUCUUUUACGACCCCUAUUUAAAGACCCCUCUUCUUGUUGGCCCUUAUAAUUUACAGAACUAAUAUAAUCAUCACCGUUUUUCCACAUACAGUUCACAUUUGGUAAUCAUGACUAGUAUCUAUGUUUUAAACAUCUAAACUGGACUCUUCUCCCUCAUACAGUAUGUGUCUUUUCAAAUAUACAUGACAGUUUCAACAUGUGUUGUAUACAUUUCAUGCCUUUCCGACACAGAUGGUUCUCAGUGCAUCCCCAAGUCCUCUCUCAUGCUCUUUUAUGACCCCUUUGCCUUAACCUAUCACCUGUUUUCAAAGAUAUAUAAUGGCAGAUUCGUAGGCCCCUCCACUCACCCAAUUAAAUGUGUCUUCAUAUAGGUUUAGUAAAUAAAAAUCUUCUUCAAAAACUGAAGUGAUUGCGUUUGGGAACAGAAAUGAGGUUCUUAAGGUGCAUGCGUACCUUGGCACUUAGGGUCAAACAACAAAAAAUAAGGUCAAGAAUCUUGGAGUGACUCUGGAGUCAGAUCUGAGUUUCAAUAGUCUUGUCAAAGCAGUCAGUAAAUCAGCAUGCUAUCAUCUCAAAAACAUUGCAACAACCAGAUGCUUUGUUUCCAGUGAAGACUUGGAGAAACUUGUUCAUGCUUUUAUCAGCUGCAGGGUGGAUUACUGUAACGGCCUCCUCACGGGCCUUCCCAAAAAGACAGUCAGACAGUUACAGCUUAUCCAGAACGCUGCAGCCAGGAUUACUGGUCUAUAAAUCACUUAAUCACAUAGGACCUAAAUACAUUACAGAUAUGCUCACUGAAUACAAACCUAACAGAUCCCUCAGAUCUUUAGGAUCACAUAAACUAGAAAUUCCAAGAGUUCAGUCAAAGCAGGGUGAAUCGGCUUUCAGCUACUACGCCCCUCACUGCUGGAAUCAGCUUCCAGUAUGAUCAGAUGUGCUCCAACUUAGACACAUUCAAAUCAAGACUGAAAACACAUCUGUUUAGCUGUGCCUUUACUGAAUGAGCACUGUGCUACGUCCGACAGAUCGAACUAUUAUGUCUUGUUAUGU